CACUGACUUUUAAUGAAUCUAAUUAGAGGGAAGGGAUAUUAUGAAUAAACUUCACUUGAGUGAGGACACACAGGGAGCCUAGUAGUAAGUAUUCAGGUAAUAAUGAUGUAAGAUCAUUCAUCCUUUCCAUCACUGCUGCUCCCUCCAGACACACUGAUGCUGCCCCACUCGCUUCGUGUGCACCACAGCAGACAGGUUGUCUGCAACAGGGGGGGCUGCGUGGGGGGGGUGGGGUGCUGCAGCUGCUGUCCCACUCGGCGCUGCGGAGCCUGUGUUAACUCAUCGUCUGGGUCCGACUGGGAAGAUUUAAAAAGAGAAAGAAAGAAAGAAAAAAAGGGGGGUGGGGGGGCAGACUUGUGAACACCUGAGAGGAUCGAGCAAAGGUAAGACACAGCGCAGAGAUGAAGCCCCGUCUUCUGGGCGGCGGCAGGACAACCAGGAGACUUUUGUCGGCUUGCCUCAUCUCGGCGUGCCAAGCCCUGCACAGCUGCGGGGGAGUCAAGUGCGUGGACGGCCACCAGUGCUGCCUGCUGCCCGUCCCCGGGAACGGCAGCUCCGGCUCCGCGGAGAGCUGCUGCAAGCUCCCCAUCCACGUCUUCUUCGACAACGUCGGCUGGUUCACGCGGAAGCUGUCGGGCAUCUUAAUCCUGCUGCUGCUCUUCGCCAUGGGCUACUUCAUCCAGAGGAUCAUCUGCCCGCGGCCCCGCCACCGGCACCAGAACCAGGAGCACGGCGAGGAGCCCUCCCUCUUCCACGGACCCACGUCGGCGUCCCAGGAUCUCCUCCUGGAGCCCUACCCGGAGUGCCCCCUGGGGGACUUCGCCUCCCCGAACCUGCCGGCCUACGACGAGGUCAAGUACCUGCCCACGUACGAGGAGAGCAUGCAGGAGAUGCACCCGGACCGGGACCGGGACCGGGACCGCUCCGACGAUGACCUGUUGUCCGGAGCGGAACCGGCGGCGGCGUCCGGGCAGCAGGGGCGGGAUCUUCUGGGGGUGAGCCCCGCAAGGACAGCUCGGAACUCGGUGUGAAAGGAGAAGCAGGGACCGGACAAUGAACUGCCUGAUAGUAUUACUAAUUUAUUAUUAUAUUAUCAUCAUCCUCAUCAUCGUGAGGGGGUGGGAGAGGGUGAAGGAGGUUUCGCAGAGAUACAAACUCAAGUGCAAUUAUAAUCCUGAUUGUAAAGAAUAAAGAAGGAGCCUGAGAAUGUAAACGUGUUUUGGAAGAUAAUACGUGUCUGCUCGGCUUUUUGUAUGCAAAUGCCGCCUCGGCAGAGGGGAUUAGAGAGACUGCAGGAGGCGAUGCUCAUUGUGUUGAUGGGACAGCUAAUUUGGCUGCGGGACAAUCACAUUAAGUUUUCGCGGCACCAUGAAGACAUUGGUUUCUUCUCGAAAAUGUGACCUUUUAUUUCUAUACAUUCUGAAUAUUUAGUGUGUGUUUUUUUUUGUUUUUUGGUUGUUUUUUUUUGGGGGGGGGGGGCUGCAACCAAAUGGAAAAACAGCUUCUCCUCAAAGUUGAAUGUGGACGGACUGAAGUGAGGGAUUCAUCUGCAUCUGGGAUUCUUCCAGUUAAAUGAUAUCUUAUCAGCAUGAAGGCAAUAUUCCGUUCAUAUUCUCAUGGUAGCUCAUAGAUAAGCGCUUUAUGGGUAAUCUGAACCGUGUUUCAUGCUUCUGUUGACAGAUAAGCCGCCACAGUAUAUAAAUAAAAAGCUCAAAUCCAGCAGCAUUUUGUAGCCUGGAGUUGCAUGAAUUCAGGGGGGGGGACGGCAGAUGUUGCAGCAUGCCGAUAGGUGCAUGUUGGCAGGAAAUGUGGAAAUGGGGUUGCAAGAAAUGUUGCAGUCAGAUCUAAUGUAGGGAGCAUUUUAAUAAGUUAGAAUCUUGUGUAAAAGUUCAUUUCAGUCAUUCAAAUAGGUCUCAAUUAUGUGUUAAAUAGAUUCAUUACAUACAGUAUAUUUCACGUAAUCUUCAUUGCUAUGAGUUAAAAUAUCCAAAGCUUAAAGUUGAGUUUCUGAGAAAAUAAAAAAAAAAGGUGUUUUAACACAUUUUAUUAUAAAAUUUGACAAAGACGCGUCUCCUCAAGGAGGGUUAGACUCAAAAGGUUAUUGUUGAUGAAGUCGCCUGCUCACAGAUUGUUUUGUCCUGUUUUAUAAGCAGAAAGUUAAGUGGAAGAAAAAGCUGUGGUAGCAAAAGGUGCACAUGCAAAAGGUCGUGAAGCAGCGCCCACUUUGGAGCCGGGUGGAGAGUUGAAAGUUGUGGACAGCAGGCGGAGACGUCUAGGACAGACGCUACCACUGUGUCCUUAACCAGAGGAAACAUCACACUCCAGUUAAAGAAAAAUUUACAAGGACAUUUCAGACUUUAUGCUUCCUUUUGCUGACCAGAUUUAAAGAGAUCCUGAUUUCAUUUUCCUGGCACGGCUUGGCGCCGGCACACGCCACCAAAGGUACCGAAAGCUGGAUCAGUGACCACGGUGUUCCUGUUCUUGAUUGGCCAGCAAACUCUCCCAACCUUUAACCCCAUAGAGGAUCUACGGACAGUUGUCAAGAGGUAGAUGAGAGACAAAGGAACCGUGACGCUUCAACUGGGCCGCAGACUGAUCACCUCCAUGUCACGCUGCACUGACGCAGUAAUUCAAACAAGUAUUGAGUGCAGGAUGUUUUACAUGGGCAUCAUUUUCAGUUGCAACCUGAAAAUAUGAAUCAGUCUUAAACAUCUAAAUUUUCCAAAAGAGCAGAAUAUUUUAUGAGCUGUAAACCUCAAACAUCUAAAUGACAAUAAAUUCCACCUUGAGAUAUA